CUAUUCAUUUGUUCUCUUGAGAUACUUACUUCGUAUAAGGUCAUCGAGUAGUUGAGCGGCAGAUCUUCCACGCGUGCUUUGUCCUUAACGCCUCUGUGCCGGUGGAGCGGCGGACGAAAAAAUGUCGGGCAUCGGCACAGGGUAUGACCUUUCAGCUACAACCUACUCACCUGAUGGCAAGAUCUUUCAGACGGAGUAUGCACAGAAAGCGGUGGACAACAGCAGCACCGUGCUCGGGUUGAGGUGCAAAGAUGGCGUUGUGCUGGCCUGCGAGAAGCUGGUGCUAUCGAAGCUUCUAGUAGAGGGAUCCAACCGCAGAAUACACAAUAUCGACCGACACGUCGGCGUGGCCGUGGCAGGACUCGCUCCGGAUGGUCGCAUGGUGGCCAACCGCGCCUGGGACGAGGCGGCUUCGUACAAGCGCGUGUACGGCGAGCCCAUUCCAGGCCACGUGCUGUGCGAGCGGGUGGGCAGCUACGCGCACAUGUUUAACCUGUACUGGUCGUUACGACCGUACGGCGCCACGGUCCUUAUGGCGGUGUACGACAAGAACGGACCGGCGCUGUACGCCAUCGACCCGUCUGGUUCAUCGCUGCGCUACUUCGGCACGGCUGUGGGCAAGGGCCGGCAGGCCGCCAAGAACGAGAUCGAGAAGCUCAAGCUGUCGGAGAUGACCUGUCGGGAGGCCGUCAUCGAGGCAGUGAAAAUUCUCCACAAGGUUCAUGACGAGGACGGCAAGAAGUUUGAGCUGGAGGUCAGCUGGAUCUGUGACGAGACCAACAAACAACACCAGCGGGUGCCCCCAGAGCUGCUCACGGAGGCGGAGCGGCAAGCGAAGGCGGCCCUGGAGGACUCAGACAUGGACGAUUAGCUGGGAGGAGAGCGUGACGCGCUGCGUGAUAACCGCUGUGUCGGUAUCAAACCUUUCAGGACAAGCUGUCGUGGAGACCUCCAGUGGUUGAGGUGGAACCAGCCGCAGCUUUUGCACAGCCCAUCCGCGCCGCGCCCUCCAGCGCCGUGCGGAAUAUUCGCAGCUGUCGUGGCUUGUAUGUUCAGUCCUCGCUGGCUUUUGCUGAACCUUGCAGACAUACUGCCAACACCCAUGAUGGCAUUAUCAGCCGCUAUAGCUUGGACGCGCGGUCACGGGAAGACGUAGAGGGCUUGUUGUGUUUGGUAGCAUGAAAUUGUGGUGCGCGCGUUUGUGGGUGUGCAGUUUAGCAAGGCCCUGCUGCAAGCUAAUGCAAGGAGGCCGUGUGCCUGUGUGUACGUCUGUUUGUCCGACUGGCCGCCUCGCCAGCUGGCUCGCUUCCUACCCUCUCGUUCUGCUGGGGGGAGGUUCCGGAUUUUGGGAGGAACACAGGCAGGCACAUUCAGGACGGUCUCAGAACAAGAAGAUUGCAAAAUGUAAUGGGGCACAUGUCGUAC